ACUUUUAGAUAUCCAAAAUGGCGGAGGACAGGACGACAAAGGCGGAAAAUUCGAGAAUUUUUGAUCAUUUCUCAGCUAUAAACGAACACCCUGUUGACGAUAUAUCACUAGAAUUCUUCUACAAGCCUCACACAAUUACACUUCUUACGGUAUCAAUUGCCGGUUUACUGUACACAGCAUUUACAAGGGAAGAUGCCAGCUCACAAAGUAAUAUUUGGAAUGGAUUGUGCUGUGUAUUCUUUUUUUUUCUAAUAAUAAGCGUUUUGGCAUUUCCAAAUGGUCCAUUUACAAGGCCCCAUCCUGCGAUAUGGCGAAUAGUAUUUGGUAUAAGUGUUAUAUACUUUUUAUUGUUAGUUUUCGUCCUUUUUCAAAAUUUGAAUGACGUUAAGUUAAUGAUACACUGGGUUGCUCCUGAUUUAAAAAGUUAUACGUUAGAUGAGAAGGAGUAUGCUAUCAAUUGCUCGCAAAUUACUUUGGCGAGACUAUGGUCCCAUUGUGAUGUUUUUGCUGUUGCCCAUUUCUGGGGAUGGGCAUUGAAAGCUCUUCUCAUUAGACAUUAUGGAAUUUGCUGGACAAUAUCAGUUACCUGGGAAGUUACAGAAAUGGCAUUUGCUCAUUUACUACCAAAUUUUAAUGAAUGUUGGUGGGAUGCAUUUAUUUUGGAUGUAAUAGUGUGUAAUGGUCUAGGAAUUUGGCUAGGAAUGGUCAUAUGUAGAACUCUAGAAAUGAGAAAUUAUCAUUGGGAAAGCAUAAAAGAUAUCCAUUCGACAACGGGUAAAAUUAGAAGAGCUGUUAUGCAAUUUACACCAGCAAGUUGGACACAUGUAAGAUGGUUGGAUCCGAAUUGUACUUACAUGCGAUUUAUAUCAGUUGCCAUAUUGGUCGUUGUAUGGCAAUUUGUAGAAUUAAAUAGUUUCUUCCUUAAACAUAUAUUUGUUAUUGGAACCGAUCAUCCAUUGACCGUUGGUCGGGUUCUAUUAAUUGCACUCGUAGGAGGGCCAUCAUUAAGACAGUAUUAUACCUAUACAACGGAUACUCAGUGUAAAAGAUUGGGAACACAAUGUUGGGUUUUCAUUGCCAUAACUCUUUGCGAAGCCAUAAUUUGCUUAAAGUUUGGUUUAGAAAUAUUUAAACAAACAGAAAUUAGUUAUUUAAUUUAUUGGUUAACAUUUUUAUUGCUGAGUAGUAUAAUUUGCGUCUACUUUUGUGCGAUUAUCGCUAAAAGAUCUCGUGACAAGAGAUUCGAAAUAGAGAGAAUGCAGAAUGGUAAAACAACUUUAAACAAUGAAACGCCAAAUGGAGUUCACGAUCACCAGGAAUAA